GCGGCGCUGUCCUUCGCCGCUUCAUUGUGUGUGGCUGCUGCGUGCCGGCUUGUGCUCCUGCGGCCGGGCAGCCCCAGAGGUACAUAUAGACUGUGAUCAAGUCACCCCUUAACCUUUUCUUUGACAAGCUAAGUAGACUUGAAUCUUUCACUAUAAGGUUCUAUUAAAGGGCAUCUCUUUGAUGUCCAGAAAAACAAUUUUAAAAUCUAAUUGUCAAGCUUCAGAAAUUUUAUGAAUAAGCAUCAGAAGCCGGUGCUAACAGGCCAGCGGUUCAAAACUAGGAAGAGGGAUGAAAAGGAGAAAUUUGAACCCACAGUUUUCAGAGAUACAAUCAUCCAAGGCCUCAAUGAAGCUGGGAAUGAUCUGGAGGCUGUAGCCAAGUUUCUGGACUCAACAGGCUCAAGGCUAGAUUAUCGUCGCUAUGCUGACACGCUCUUUGAUAUCCUGAUAGCUGGUAGCAUGUUAGCCCCUGGAGGGACACGCAUAGAUGACAAUGACAAGACCAAGAUGACCAGCCACUGUGUAUUUUCUGCAGAUGAAGAUCAUGACACUAUCCGAAACUAUGCUCAGGUCUUCAAUAAACUAAUCAGGAGGUAUAAAUAUUUGGAAAAGGCAUUUGAAGAGGAAAUCAAAAAGCUCCUGUUGUUCCUUAAAGCCUUUUCUGAAACAGAGCAGACAAAGUUGGCAAUGCUCACUGGGAUCCUGUUAGCCAAUGGAACACUUCCUGCCGUCAUAUUGACAAGCCUUUUCACUGACAACAUUGUCAAAGAAGGAAUUGCGGCAUCUUUUGCUGUAAAGCUUUUCAAAUCAUGGAUGGCAGAAAAAGAUGCCAAUUCAGUUACCUCCUCUUUAAGAAAAGCCAGUUUAGACAAGCGAUUGCUAGAACUAUUUCCAGCCAAUCGGCAGAACGUGGAGCAUUUUGCUAAGUACUUCACGGAUGCAGGGCUAAAAGAGCUCUCAGAUUUCCUCCGAGUCCAGCAGUCACUGGGGACUCGUAAAGAACUUCAAAAAGAACUACAGGAACGUCUGUCUCAGGAAUGCCCAAUUAAAGAGGUAGUGCUUUACGUAAAAGAGGAAAUGAAGAGAAAUGAUCUGCCAGAGCCUGCAGUGAUUGGACUCCUUUGGACCUGUAUAAUGAAUGCUGUUGAAUGGAACAAAAAGGAAGAGCUGGUUGCAGAACAAGCACUUAAGCAUCUAAAGCAAUAUGCACCCCUGCUGGCUGUGUUCAGCACCCAAGGCCAGUCAGAGCUAAUUCUUCUCCAGAAGGUUCAGGAAUACUGUUACGACAACAUCCACUUUAUGAAAGCCUUUCAGAAGAUAGUGGUACUCUUUUACAAAGCUGAUGUCCUGAGUGAAGAAGCCAUCCUGAAGUGGUACAAAGAAGCACAUCUUGCUAAAGGCAAAAGUGUAUUUCUUGACCAGAUGAAGAAAUUUGUUGAGUGGCUGCAAAAUGCUGAAGAAGAAUCAGAAUCUGAAGGCGAGGAGAAUGAAGAUGGUUCAACAAAGCACAAUCUCUAGGCUCCUGCCAAAUGCUCUUUGGGAAUGCCGUAUUGUUCAAGCAAAACAGGUUUUACUUCAGUGUCCUACAAAAAACUCAAGGCUAGGCUUUCCUUUUGUUUAGAAGAAUAAAGUUCUUUAAUGGAGCCCUGAGGCAUUAGAUGCUCUCCUUGGGACUCUGCCUAAGUUAGUGCACAGUGAGUCAGAGUUAGACAUUCAGCAAGGAGCCAUAUAGGAAAAGUGAAAUGAAAUUCUUAUGGACUCCUUUUUUAUCAGCAAUCUUUUUAGGUACUGUGAUAUGUGAACACUCCUAUGUCUGUUUAUAGAAUUGGUUGAUCUGUGUUUGUCGCUUAAUAUUAGCUUGUGUAUGUGACUUGACACCACUUUUUUUUUUGAAUAAAUGGCUUUUUGUAUCUUA